GUUGAGCUCUCCCAAGCAGGCAGAGCAGCAUCCUGCAAGGAAGAGCCCUGCCAGAGCCACCAUGCUCACUGCAAGGACAGUCCUGCUGCUCGCUGGGCUCCUCACGCUCUCACCGUGCUCCCAUGCAGCCCCCUACACCCCAGCUGAGUGCUGCUUCGACUAUGUCAAGGGCGUCCUGCGGCUGGAGAUCCUCCUGGACUUCAACUCCACUACCAGGGAAUGUUAUUUCCCAGCAAUUGUGUUUGAGACCAAGAAAGGAAUCAAGGUCUGUGCAAACCCUGAGGAGAAGUGGGUGAAGAGAGCAGUUAAAGUGCUUCAAAAGAAGAAAGUUCGUGCUCCGUGAUGUGGAUUGGGUGCCCUGGUUCAGGCUCCCCAACAUCUGCUGGGAAGGAAGGUUUGCAUCCCCUCUCAGAAGGGGUUCAGGAUGUUCAGCUCCUGGGAGAGGGCACCAGAGCCCUGA